CUAAUGUUAAAUAGUUUCUUUGAAGAGCACCUCUAAAUACUCAGUUGUAGUUACGCAUAUGAACUGUUAGAAAUUUCGGCAAUAGACAUCUUUGGCAUUACAGACUUUAAAUCUUUUGUUGUGCGUUUCCGCUGCGAGAGUUUGCAAAACUCUCCCUACAGACGACAUAGAGCUUCAUCUUCCUGCACUCUCAGCCAGUCUGCAGUUCAUAGCCGGGAUGAAGCGGCCAGGCAGCCCAGGCGACGUGUGCGCUUGCCCCUCCACCAGCUCGGUCGGCGACGACGCGGAGUUCGAGGCGGCGAUGCGCGCCCUGGCGCACGAGGCGCCCUCUCUGGACAGCCCUGAGGCCAGGGUGCGGGUGGCCGAGUGGGCGAGGACGCUGCACCACGUGCCCGACCGCGCCGUCGCCGCAGAGACGCUGCAGUACCUCAGGCUCAUGGUCCGGCACGGCGUGCUGCACGGGCCCUUCCUGCACCCGCCGCCACCCCCGGAGCGUGUGGCGCCCCUGGCCGAGGCGCUGUGCAACGAGUUGGCAGCCCUGGCGGGGCUCCCCCGCGCCGGGCCCAUCCGGCCUCUGCUGUCGCACCGAACGCCGGACGGCAGCGCCUACCUGGCGGCGCAGGAGCUGCCCGGCCGAGGGCUCUUCUGCUACCUGGCCGUGUCGCCCGGCGAGUUCAAGAAACUGUAGGCGCUGAAGACGUGUCAGCUGGCCAGAAACACACAGGGGGCAGCCUUUGUUCUCGUGUGUCCAUUGUACACUGUUAGCCUGUGCCACUGCAUGUUCCGUUUGUCCUGGGGCAAACCGUAGCAAUAAAUCAAAUUCCUUGAAGUAA